AUGCCACCAGCGGAUGCCGAUGACCUCGAUGCCAAGAAGUCGACCCAUGUAGUCGACUUCACGCCUAGCACGGAGGUCUGGUACUCCGAUGGCAGCGUCGUCCUCGUUGCAGACAAGAUGGCCUUCCGCGUCCACGGCACCAUCCUAGCGACUCAUUGCGAGGUGUUCAGAGACAUGUUCGCCAUGCCUCAACCCGCCACACCCGAUGCGAACACGGAGACGUACGAAGGGUGCCAGGUCUUGCGCCUGCAAGACUCACCGGUAGACAUGAGGCACUUCCUGAAGACCAUCUACGACUUUUCGUACUUCCGACCAAGAGUGAGAGCGAAGUUCCCCGUAGUGGCCGCUGUACUCCGCUUGGGAACCAAGUACGACGCAGCCGCGCUCCGUCAGCGCGCAAUUGAUCUCCUCUCGACCGCGUACCCGAACUCUGGUGACGCGUGGCGCCAGAGGACCAUCCAGCGCUUGGUUCCUCCCUUCGAGAACGAGCUCGCCGUAUACAUCGAGUUAGCGAUAGAGAUCGACAUCCGCGCCAUCCUCCCUGCGCUGUACUACGCCGCGAGCAAGGCACCGCUGCCCGAUGUCCUUUCCAAGUUACACAACUUGGCGGUGGCACCGAGCCUGCAGUGGGAUGUAUGCAGGACUUUCAUCAUCGGCAGGGAGAAGCUGUUGCUCGCGGAGCAGGCGAGUGCGCUGGCAUUCUUGCAGCCCGACUUCUCUCGGCCGGGCUGUCAAAAUGCUGCGAAUUGUGCCGCCCUACUCAACUUAGCGGCCAAGAGGACGCUUCCCAAGCCUGGCGAUGCGGAGCCGUUCUAUCAAUGGUGCUUGAGAAGCCCGGACGAAGUCAGUAAGACCCUUACGUUGUGUAUUCCCUGCCAGGGCACCGUCACCACGUCUAUCAGAAGCGGCAGGGAUAGGUUGUGGGAGCAGCUACCUGGUUUCUUUGGACUGCCGGACUGGGACACAUUGAGAGCCAGAGACGGUCUUGAUCUCCCUGACUGUGUCUCAGGACUGAAUGAGUAG